GCGUUGCUUCAUCACAAAAAAAAAGGUGCAUCUUUCCAUCUUUAUUUUCUGCGCACUCAUCUCUCCGGACGAUUUCAACGCUGAUCGCUUACAUUUAGAAUUCCCCAUUUAUCUCUAAUUGUAUGCAAGGUACAAUGCAGAUCGACAUUAUGGCUUCGUACUCUCACUGCCCAAUCUCCAAUUCACCGUUCCCUAAUCUGAUAGUCUGCUACGUGAUAUUAUUUCCUUGGCUUUAUGGAACAAUUCUGCUUAGGUUUAAUUUUCUACCACAUCAAGUCAAUUUUGCAAGCACAAAUCCUUGGGUGCCAAGUAGCAGAGAUGGAAGGUGGUAGAUAUUCGGUUGAUUUGGGUAACCUCCAACGCAAUCGAAGGAACAAGAUUGGGAGGAAGAAAUCCCGCAAAGGUAAAGAACUUGCCGGUUCUUCAUCUCAAAGCCGAGAUGAUUUUGAAACGGGUUACCAAAGACGAGAUGGAGAUGCGAUGUCCGAAGAACAACUCCAACAAGAAUUGGCCCGACAUAAUAACCGCUUUCUACAACAACAACAAAUGCCGACGACCAUUGACGAAGAGGAGCUUGAGGAUGAAGAUGCGGAGGAAUUGGAACCGGAGACGGCCGAGGAGGGUGCCGGCAGCCACGACGCCGACGAGCCUGCCUCAUCCCAAACCGCCACCGGGAAUAAAAAAAGUAAGUCUGAACUAAUGAAAAAUAAUUUUGAUAAAUGGAAGGACCCACAAACCGGCUAUUGGCACGCAACUUGCAAGUGGUGCAACAACAAUUAUAGUUUGGGAACCUCCGGCGGAUACGGAUCCGCCGCAAGGCAUCUUAUUAAGGCAAAGCACCCUGUGGAGUAUGCAAAAUUAGGCGGGGGAACGGGGAAGCAAACUCAAAUAUCGAGAACCCUAACUAGACGUCAUCUGCAUCUUCUUCAACCGCGAAGUCACCUGCAUCUUCUUCGAACGCGAAGUCAUCUGCAUCUUCUUCAAACGCGAUGUCAUCUGCAUCUUCUUCAAACGCGAGUAAAGGACGAAGCUUUCGACUUGAUUACGAGCCUUCGUUGUACUGUUACUGCGGAUUGAAAGCUCCACUCUGUGUAGGACGGGAGAGUGGAAGAAUGUUCUAUGGGUGCCAGAAUUGGAAGGUUAGGGCGUGUGGUUACUUUUUGUGGAAAGAUGGAUUGCAAACCCCUGUAGCGGUGAAUGCUGAAAAGAGGAAUGAAAUUACAGAUGAAGCAAAGGCCAUGAUAUCAAGACUAGCUGACCAACUAAGUGCUAUGCAAGGACAAAUUGAAGGUCUCAGAAGGGUGAUUGAAAGUGAAGCAAAGGAUCGUGAUGGUCUCAGAAGGGUCCUUGAGAGUGAAGCAAAGGAAGCAAAACUGUUUAGGAUGUUAUUUGGGUUUGCUGUAAUUGCAGUACUUGCAUUUGCUGCACUCGCCUAUGUCAAUGCUAUUACCACUUAGUUGUAGUGGUUGGAGUAAUAUUUUUUUGCUAUGGACAUGUAAUGUAAUUCCAGAAUGUAAGAACCAUUGCUACUGUGGUUGAAG